CAUCGCAGCCACUUGCCAUUCUACAUUCUCCUCCUACCACUCUUUUAGUGGGACAACGUGCGAUGUAACAUGAACGAAUUAGACCUGCACUACCCGCCCGAUGCCUGUCCUUUCUGCAACAUCGCCUCCGCCUACCCUUCAUCCUCCAUUUCCUCCCGCCUCUGGACCCCAGCAUCCGUAUCGCUGGAAUCAUGUAUCCCGAACGAUGACGAGGCGCAUCACGAGAAGACGACGCCGAGUUCCUUUGUCGUGCUGGCUAGUCGGGAUGUGGUCGCUUUCUUGGAUAUUCUGCCCAUGACGGGUGGGCAUUUGCUGGUUGCGACGAGGGGGCAUCGGGUUAAGGUCGCGGAUAUGGAGGAGGGGGAGGGAAGGGAGAUUGGGUUUUGGUUACCCGUGCUGGCGAGGGUUGUUGCCAAAGUCACGGGGGUUACGGAUUAUAAUAUUGUGCAGAAUAACGGGGCAAGGGCCGCGCAAGUCGUCCCCCACGUCCACUUCCACAUCAUUCCGCGGCCGGAGACGAUGCCGCAGAUCCAGAACAAGAGCUGGACUAUGUUUGGGAGAGGACAGAGGGAUGAUUUGGAUGACGAGGACGGGGCCAGGAUAGCAGGCGAGAUGAGGAGAGUGUUGCGAGAUGAGGUAGAAAGGAUGAAGGGCGCCACGAAGCUGUGAUUUUCUUAGAAUGUCAGUAGGAUCGAGGUUGGGUGCAUUGCGAAUGUACAAGGCGCUGUAGAAGACGCAUAGAGGUAGACCCUAGUGUGCGGAAAUGUUGGUACAUGUACAAUAUCUAUACAUAAUGCCGAAUCUUUAUAC